AUGAUUCGUAUGCAUGAAGUGAUAAUUGAGUGCUUCACAAGGGAAAAUUCGAUAGCAAGCAUUGCCCUCAAAAGGCUAGGAAGCGGUGCCUCCAGCAAUUCCAAGAAUAAAAAAAGUUUCCAUUUUGUGGUCCAAGUGGAGUUACUCAAGGCAUUUCUGCUCCGUAUGCUUCCUCAACAAGUCAUGGUAAUGCUUGUGGCCAUGGUGUAUCGGCUGUUCAGAGAUAUACCACGAAAGAUUUACGUAGCGUUGCGGUGGGAUAUGGUUACGAUUGCAUUUGUCCAUUCCAUUGGAAAUGUUAUCUCCAUUUUAUUUCUUCACAGUAAACCAACACUAUCGACGUGGGCAAUCAUUGGAUGGCCUGUUAUUCUUUUAGGCACCAUCAAUUACCUUUACGGAUCAUCCAAGCGAGCCGGUAUGGUGGUUACUAUAUCUUCCUCUUACACGCUUACUAAGACCAUUCGCGGCCUUAUCAUGUGUGUGGCGCUUCGUUACAUCAUUUCCUUACUGGCGCUUUCUCUCCUUGUGAGCGUGCAUGUUGUGGAACUUAUUACUAUCUGGUUUAUGCUUAUAUUGAUUAUUCUUUGGAUACCGGCUAUUAUCGAUUCGUGCUCGUUAGAGGGAAUCAUAUUCGUUACAAGUUCCUCAAGCAUUAUGCUCUAUUUUAUGGAUCAACUCUCUAUCCCAGCUGCCUUACGUCUGGGAUUGAUGGUGAUGCUCUGGUGGCUCAAUGUUUCUCUUUUAUAUAACCUUGCCGUUAAUAUCUUUCAUACGCGAUACGCUGGGAUUAGUGUCGUGCUGUGCCUGUUCCUGUGGACAAUUUUGCCUCCCAAACAGAAAAAGGAACCCUGGGGAUGGGCUGUUCGCCAAGGCUUGACUGCAGGAAAAGUGAUGUUGACCUCACAAAGUGGUAACGGAACGAUUAUCGACGCGUCCACGCCAAUGAUAGAUACCGUCCUACAACAGAAAAUAAAAUGGAUGUGUGACGUGGUUGAACUACGCGCACCCUUUGAGUGUAAGACGAUUUGGCUAAGUCAAUUUGUGAGGAGUAAUGAAGGCUGUGGAACGUAUCACUAUGUGAUUUUUGUUAACCUCGGCCUGAACAUCAUACUUGUUACGCUGCUAACCUUUCUCAGCGCGUUCCAAAGCCCUGAAGUGCGGUUAAGACUGGAGCAAAACAACUUGGUCCUCGUUACUGCAGGAAUCCUUAUUCGUAAGUUUGCACGAGCGAUUGUGAUCACAUUUUGCGUUGUUUCUUUUCUUGCUUCGUGGUGGGCAUUUCACCAAUGCAUUUUGCCCUACUUCACUCCAAUUUUGCCUAGUUUGGUUUCUCACGUUGUUUCUGGUGUUUUUGCAUGCAUUACCUUAGGCGCUUUGAUGGAUAUGAAGGAUACUAUGUAUGAGGGGAUACUACAGGUUCUUGGAUUGAUGGAUCCAGAGGAGUACAACCAGGAGAGCAGUUCGUAA